AUGGCGGCAUUUUUACGUCUUCCACCCACUCCUUGCUUCCACCUUACGUGCCCGCUAGAGUACCCGAUGGUGCCGCCCAUGGUGCGCUUCCUCACCACGGACUCUGGCCGCACUCAGAUACACCCGUUUUUCUACAGGAACGGCAAUGUUUCGCUCAGUAUCCUGGGCACGUACGCCGGACCACAGUGGACACCAGCACAAUCCCUGCGAACGCUCCUGCUGUCAAUACAGUCGCUUUUGUCUGCACAGCCCUUCUACGACAGCCCACUGAAGAAGCACGCCAACAAGGAACAGACUCGCGAAGACGCAGAAAGCUACAACUCCUUCGUGAAGCAUGAGGUACUGCGAGUCGGGGUUUGUGACGUUGUUCAAGACUGCCUUGAAGAGAGGUCGCCGCACCCUGCCGCCCUCCGGGACUUCGUCCUGAAGUCGUUUGCGGACAGAUUGCGGCAGUAUGAAGAUUUCGCAAUCAGCCAGCUUCAUCUUCAUGGCAAGAAGAUCUUCAACCCAUUCAGUAGUGGCCAUGGAAAGUAUAAGUAUGAAGCACUGCUGGCCAAACUGCAAGAACUCAAGCUCCAAGUUCAUCGCCGCAACAAGGCAGCAACAGUUCCAGGCAGUGCAUAA